AUGGGGCAGGACAUUGUGGUGGCGGUAGCGGCGGCGCCAGUGGCGGUGAUGGGGGCUCCUCCGCCGACAUCUUUGGCGCCCGGGUUCAGGUUUCAUCCAACGGACGAGGAGUUGGUGAAGUAUUAUUUGAGGAGGAAAGUUUGUGGGAUGCCUUUCAGGUUUGAAGCGGUUAGUGAAAUUGAUGUCUACAAAUCUGAGCCAUGGGAGCUUGAUGAGUAUUCGUUGCUGAAGACGAGAGAUCUGGAGUGGUACUUCUUUAGCCCUGUGGAUAAGAAGUACGGGAGUGGAUCCCGCCUAAAUCGCACCACUGGGCAAGGGUACUGGAAGGCGACUGGGAAGGACCGCCCAGUGAAACACAAGAACGAGUCCAUUGGAAUGAAGAAAACACUCGUUUUCCACAGCGGACGCGCCCCUGAUGGAAAGAGGACUAAUUGGGUGAUGCACGAGUACCGGCUGUGCGACACAGAACUGGGAAAUGCCGGCAUUCUACAGGAUGCAUUUGUGCUUUGUAGAAUCUUCCAGAAGAGUGGCCUCGGGCCACCUAAUGGGGACCGAUAUGCCCCAUUUAUCGAAGAGGAAUGGGAUGAGGACGCCCCGCUUGUGGUCCCCGGGGAAGACGUGGAAGAUGACAUGGCAAACGGCGAUGAAAUGCGCGGAGAUUGCACUAACAUCGAACAGGAUCCGCAGCCUCUCAUUGCUCCGCUCCUGCUCACGUACCCGGCCGAUCCCCCCUGCAUCCCUUUCCUGGGCAAGAGGGAUAGGCCCGCAGUCGACCCGGAGCCCCUCUCGUUGGACAACGGCAAGAGACCGAAGCGCGAUGAUCCAAACUGCAGCAUCGCCAACGGAUCCGAGGAGUCCACCACGACGAGCCAAUGCCGUUCCUCGACAAUGAUGAUGACGAUAACCAACCUCCCGCCUGUAGAGAUCCCCCUUCUAGAGACCCUAGGCGCGAAAGACAAUCUCCAAGGCAGCACGCCCACGUUUAACUCGGCAGAACUUGAAAAAUCCGUCCCUCCCGGCUACCUCAAGUUCAUCAGCAACUUGGAGAACGAGAUCAUCGACAUCUCGAUGGACAGGGAGAGGCUGAAGAUUGAAGUGAUGAGAGCGCAAGCGAUGAUCAACGUUCUUCAAUCCCGAGUUGAGGCCUUGACCAAGGAAAACGCGGAGCUCGAAAGACGUGAAUAGGGAUGUGACGAUGUAGCUGUCGCCCUCCUCGAGUUCUAGUGUCGCGUAGUAGUUGCCGGCCCUUCGUCUCCGACGAGCCACAUUUUUUUGUGCCGCUGCUUUUGAUUAGAACAGGGAGAAGGUAGUUUCAGGGAUUUUAGAUCUCUCUCUACAGUUUAACUGGGAAUGAAGAAUGAUGGAAUUUAUGACAA